AUGUCAAUAUUCAAUAGUCGCUCAGUUUUAUUAUUAUUAUCUCUAUACUGUAACACUCAUUUACUUCAAGCUCGACGUGUCAAACACAAUGUGAAAGAGAUUGAAUCCAAACAAUAUAAAUGUUUUUCACCUUUGUCGGACAACUCGGAUGAAUUUCAUUCGAAAUUACUUCAACCGUUAUUGAUUCCACGUGUAUCAGGUACACCUGGUAACGCUCAAGCUAGACAGCAUAUUGUGUCGAAACUACGCUCGACGAAUAUGUGGAAUAUCGAGUUUGAUACUUUUGAUGCUAUGACUCCUGAUGGACAAGUCGAGUUUACUAAUAUUAUUGCUACACUUGAUCCGAAAGCACCUCGUCGUCUGGUACUUGCAUGUCAUCAUGAUUCCAAGAAACUUCCGAAUUUCGUGGGUGCAACAGACAGUGCUGUGCCUUGCGCUAUGCUUUUGGACAUAGCGCUUAGUCUUCAACCGCAACUGAAAGAAUUACAACAAAAUAAAGGAAUUCCCAGUUUGCAGUUGAUCUUUUUCGAUGGCGAAGAAGCAGUUCGUGAUUGGACUUCAACAGAUUCCAUAUACGGCUCGAAACAUUUAGCAAAAAAAAUGUACAAUACAAAUGUGGAAGGGCAACCUAACUUAAAUCAAAUAGAUGCUAUUGAUAUGUUUGUUCUGCUCGAUCUAAUCGGGCAUAGAGAUGUUCAAUUCCACAACUUCUUUGAUCGAACAACUGGCAAAUACUAUCAACGAUUACGAAACAUCGAAAGUCAACUUAUGCGUUCAUACAACAACCGAGGACAAAGCCGUGCUAUCUUUUCACCUAAUGUACAGAACAGCUAUAUUGAAGAUGAUCACAUUCCAUUUUUAAACUAUAAUGUUCCAAUUCUUCAUUUAAUUUCUUCACCAUUUCCGCCCACGUGGCAUCGAGCUGACGAUAACGAAGCCAAUCUAGACUUUGCGUCAAUUACACACCUUCGAAAUGUGAUGAAAAUAUUUGUUAUUGAGUAUCUUCAUUUGAAACAGCAAAUAUGUUAA